CGGCUGCGGUGACACGUGACACAGGACUGGCCUGCUGCAGCUACUCAGCAAAACAGCAACAGGACACGGAGAUAACAACAAGGGAGAAGCCAUGGCCGGUCCCCUCCGAGUGUGCAUCGUGGGCUCCGGGAACUGGGGCUCUGCUGUUGCAAAAAUUAUUGGAAGCAAUGUUGAAAAACUGGACAAAUUUGCACCCACGGUCAACAUGUGGGUGUUUGAAGAGAUGAUUAAUGGAAGGAAGCUGACAGACAUCAUCAACACUGAUCAUGAGAAUGUGAAAUAUCUCCCUGGUCAUAAACUACCUAAGAACGUGGUUGCUGUUCCAAACCUGAGUGAUGCAGUGAAAGAUGCAGACCUCCUGGUGUUUGUCAUUCCUCACCAGUUCAUACACAAAAUCUGCCAGGAAAUCUCCGGGAAAGUCCACUCGAAAGCCCUUGGGAUAACACUCAUCAAGGGCAUAGAUGAAGGGCCCGAGGGGCUGAAGUUGAUUUCUGACAUUAUUCGGGAGAAAAUGGGCAUUGAUAUCAGUGUGCUGAUGGGAGCCAACAUUGCGAAUGAAGUGGCAGCAGAAAAGUUCUGUGAGACAACCAUAGGAAGUAAAGUAAUUGAAAACGGACUUCUGUUCAAGGAACUUUUACAAACCCCAAAUUUCCGUAUUAAUGUAGUGGAGGAUGCUGAUACUGUGGAACUGUGUGGUGCCUUAAAGAACAUUGUGGCUGUGGCUGCCGGCUUUUGUGAUGGUCUCAAGUGUGGCGAUAACACUAAAGCUGCCGUUAUCCGUCUUGGCCUCAUGGAAAUGAUUGCAUUUGCAAAGAUCUUCUGUAAAGGUCAAGUUUCCACCUCUACAUUUUUGGAGAGCUGUGGAGUUGCCGAUCUCAUUACCACUUGCUAUGGCGGGCGUAAUAGAAAAGUGGCCGAGGCAUUUGUUAACACUGGCAAGAGUAUAGAGGAACUUGAAAAGGAGAUGCUGAAUGGACAGAAGCUACAAGGACCUCAGACCUCUGCAGAAGUGUACCGUAUCCUGCAGCAGAAAGGCAUGGUAGACAAAUUUCCACUUUUUGCUGCUGUGAACCAAAUCUGCUAUGAUGGGAAACCUGUGGAAGACGUCAUUUCCUGCCUGCAGAGCCAUCCUGAGCAUUUGUAGUAUUUUUCUUUCUAAUACAUAUUUUUUAUGCUGCAAAACUCUGGAGCCCAGUCUCCACUAACGCACAACCGUUAAAGUAUGUAAAAUCUAUCAAUUGUAAAAUCACUGCGACAUCUUGUUGGCACUGAAGAACUGUUGUUUGCACAGAUCAUGAAAAAGAAUUGUCCGUAAGGUAUGUUCACAGGGGGUGAAUUUCCAUUGUAGAGAAUUUCCGCUUACACAUCAGUGCUGUAGAAACAGCCCCAGCACCAAGGUGCACGGUAUAGGUAAGUACACACCUAGCAGUUCUGCUGCAACAAAACUGCAAAGUGUGGCCUAACGCUACGGGUCCAUUCACACGUCCGUAUGUGUAUUGCGGUCCACAAAACGCGGACCGCACAUCGGCGGCACUUUCAUAGAAAAUGCCUUUUCUUGUCCGCAAUUGCGGAUAACAAUCAGACAUGUUCUAUUUUUUUGCGGAUGCGGACAGCACAUUCCGGCCCCAUUGAAAAUGAAUGGGUCUGCACCUGUUCGUCAAAAUUGCAGAACGGAUGCGAACCCAUUUUGUGGACGUGGGAAUGGACCCUUAGGAUUUCUGCUGCCUUCCUACAAUGAGUUUGCCACAUGUAAACAUAUCCUUGAAGGGGUUGUGCAGCUCCUGCACCAUGUUGUACCUUUCAAAAAAAACUGAUCCCUGCCCCCUGCCACUCGAUUUCCAACUCCUUUCAGUGGUCUACUGGUCCCCAUCCUGAAAACUUUCAGACGGUUGGGAUGACGUGCGCUGCUGCAGCGAGUGCUUGGCCUUAGCAGUAAUGUGCCCGCACGUGGCACUGUUGAGACCAGUCACUGGCUGCAGCAGCGCACAUUGGACGUUGACCAUCAGACCGCAAAUGGCAGUCAGAACAGAGUGUUUAGAGUGCGAGUGUCAACAGAACAAAAAAUAAUAAUAAAAAGUCCCCAAAGUUUGACAACCUUUUUAACAAAAUCAUGUAUUAGGUGAAUGGGAAUAGAUGAAAGGGAAGCCAAUCAUUUUGGAGCACAUGUACGAUAUACGACCUUGUCAUAGUUGUAGAUGAAAAUUCAUUCUUUUACCCGAAAAUAUAUAUCACUUACUGAAACUGCUUGUUGUCUCUAUAAAAAGUGUGUGUAUGUGUGUAUAUAUAUAUAUAUAUAUAUAUAUAUAUACCCACA